AGGCAAAGUCCUCGUGGAAGGAGAACGAGAGCAGGGAGGUCACGCUCGGAUCGCCGCUGGACCGCAAGGUGCUGGUGUCGAACUUCCGCUCCGGCGAUGGCCUGAGGCGAGUACCGAAGCUCAUGAUCAAAGACUCCACAGGACGAAGGUUUAUGACGCUCACCGAGAAAGAUUUCAAAGCCAUCGUAGCAAAUCUACCGAAGAUAAAGGUUGCUAGUCACAUGCUUGCAGAGCCGGUGCAGAAAUCACGGAAGGCUGAGGCAUAGGCUCCGGCGAGCGACGACCUGCGACAGCUCUGGCCCCCAAAUUCCCGGGACGAGAAUGUAAUAUUCACAGGGCCCCGAGCUCUGUCACACGUGGCAUCUCCCUGUUCCAGGUCACAGGUGGCCGCAAUACGCUGCUUUGCUUUCCCUCCGCCCACAGACCGCUGGGACAUAGGGGCGCUGACCUUCGCCGGAGGGCAGGGCGCCGUUGUAUUUACUUGUGGUGGCAGCUCCUCUUCUGCAGGUCUCUAGCGAGGCCUUUUGGUAGUUCUUGGCCCGAGAAUCUGGGACUGCUUGGGACUCCUUGGCCCAAGAAAUCCCAAGAAUCUUCGGACUUCUCGGCGAUGUUGCGUGAACAGACUGGGCGGCCCCCGGCGUGUCUGCCGUCCUCCUGGGGCGGCCCAGAGACUUUCGCGGGGCGGUCUGGAAAAGUCUCAAGGGGCAGGCACUCCUGAGCCAGGCUCGUGACGUUCUGGGCACGUCCUCGGGAGGGUCCGGGGCUGCGUCAGGGCCCCCUUCUGGACGUGAGGCUGGUUUCGGAUUCUUGUACCUUGCAUUUACAGUAGGGGCGUCUGAAAUUAUUUUAAGUCAGCAGGUUACCAUUGCAACACUAUACCAUCCCAUGAAGUGCCAGGAGGCACGUGACGGCGAUCAUUAAUGGGCAGCAGCAGCAUCUUAUAGGCAUAUAAGAAUGCCCCACAGUUGUUUUGUCACUUGAAGCCGCUCGGCGGCAAGCGCGUUACGUCAUUGAUCGUUUCUCUUGGCGUGGUUGCGUGCUCACAGUUCCUUGCCAUUUGUGAUGGCUUCAUCCAGUCAAAACAAUAGACCUAAUUCUUUGAACAACACAUGUGAUAAGUUGUGGUGUGCGUUAUUGCCCUGUGCCACCUCCCUUCGCUUCCCAUCUUCGCCCCUUCAUGCUUACAAUCCUCUUCUCCAUCCUCGAUGCACUGCGGCACCCCAGCCGUAGGCACGUAUCACUUGUCAUGGCUUCAUGAUUCGCGUCAUCGGUCGCCCCCGCAUGUCGCACCUUGGCUGGUAGACUGUGAUCGCGCGAGCGGCGUUGGGUGAA